AUGGCUUCUACUUUGUGUUACAAUUCUCUUAACCCUUCAACAACUGCUUUCUCAAGAACCCACUUCUCAGUUCCCGCGAAUAAAGAGCUUCCACUGGAUGCUUCACCUCUUGUUGGCUAUAAGUGUUCCCUGGGAUGCAGAACCAGGAAGCAGAGGAGAAAAGUGAUGUAUGUGAAAGGUGCAGUGGUAGAGGCUCCACCAAGUGUUUCACCCUCAUCUCAAGAUGGCAGUGGGGCCCCUUCGAAGAAGAGUCUUCGGGUACUUGUUGCUGGUGGGGGGAUUGGAGGGUUGGUUUUUGCUUUGGCUGCAAAGAGAAAAGGGUUUGAGGUGGUUGUGUUUGAGAAGGACAUGAGUGCUAUAAGAGGGGAGGGACAGUAUAGGGGUCCAAUUCAGAUUCAGAGCAAUGCUCUGGCUGCUUUGGAAGCUAUAGACUCAGAGGUUGCAGAGGAAGUUAUGAGAUCUGGUUGCAUCACAGGUGAUAGAAUCAACGGACUUGUAGAUGGGGUUUCUGGUUCUUGGUACGUCAAGUUUGAUACAUUCACUCCUGCUGUGGAACGUGGGCUUCCAGUCACAAGAGUUAUUAGUCGAAUGGUUUUACAAGAGAUCCUUGCUCGGGCAGUUGGGGAAGAUGUCAUUAUGAAUGCUAGUAAUGUUGUUAAUUUUGUGGAUGAUGGAAGCAAGGUCACAGUAGAACUUGAGAAUGGUCAGAAAUAUGAAGGAGAUAUCUUGGUUGGAGCCGAUGGCAUAUGGUCCAAGGUGAGGAAGCAAUUAUUUGGGCCCAAAGAAGCUGUUUACUCUGGCUAUACUUGUUAUACUGGCAUUGCAGAUUUUGUGCCUGCUGACAUUGAAACUGUUGGAUACCGAGUAUUCUUGGGACACAAACAAUACUUUGUAUCUUCAGAUGUUGGUGCUGGAAAGAUGCAAUGGUAUGCAUUUCACAAAGAACCUCCUGGUGGUGUUGAUGGCCCCAAUGGAAAAAAGCAAAGGCUGCUUAAGAUAUUUGAGGGUUGGUGUGAUAAUGCUGUAGAUCUGAUACUUGCCACAGAAGAAAAUGAAAUUCUAAGACGAGACAUAUAUGACAGGAUACCAACAUUAACAUGGGGAAAGGGUCGUGUGACUUUACUUGGUGAUUCCGUCCAUGCCAUGCAGCCAAAUAUGGGCCAAGGAGGGUGCAUGGCCAUUGAGGAUAGUUAUCAACUUGCAUUGGAAUUGGACAAUGCAUGGGAACAAAGUAUUAAAUCAGGGAGUCCAAUUGACGUCGAUUCUUCCCUAAGGAGGUAA